UAUAAAUUCAUAAUAAUGAUAGUAAAGUCGAUACCACGUGUGAGAGCUCAAAAUAGCUUUUACACUCGAAUCAUUUGCACUUCAUUGUUUUGCAAUUUACGAAAAUGAGGGAAAUUGUGCAUUUACAAGCUGGACAGUGCGGCAACCAAAUAGGUUCAAAGUUCUGGGAAAUAAUAUCUGAUGAGCAUGGCAUUGACCCCACGGGGAGAUAUCAUGGAGACAGCGACCUGCAGCUGGAGAGGAUCCAGGUGUAUUACAAUGAAGCGGAUAAUGGCAGUCGCUACGUCCCUCGAGCAGUAUUGGUAGACCUGGAACCUGGAACCAUGGACGCUAUAAGGUCAUCCGGCUAUGGGGCACUGUUCAGACCAGACAACUUCGUGUUUGGACAAAGUGGAGCAGGCAACAACUGGGCCAAGGGGCAUUACACAGAGGGUGCUGAACUGGUGGAAUCAGUGAUGGACGUCGUCAGGAAGGAGGCUGAGGGCUGCGACUGUCUACAGGGUUUCCAGCUUACCCAUUCCCUUGGGGGCGGUACUGGGUCUGGACUUGGAACUCUAUUACUUAGCAAACUGCGGGAGGAGUAUCCUGACAGGAUCGUUAACACGUUCAGCGUAAUGCCAUCACCAAAGGUAUCAGACACAGUAGUGGAGCCAUAUAACGCUACGUUAUCCGUACAUCAAUUAGUAGAAAAUACAGACGAGACGUUUUGUAUUGACAACGAGGCUUUAUAUGAUAUAUGCUUUAGAACUCUAAGGCUGUCUUCGCCGACGUAUGGUGAUCUUAACCAUUUGGUUUCCCUUACUAUGUCUGGAGUGACCACCUGCCUCCGAUUCCCCGGACAGCUAAAUGCUGAUUUGCGGAAGCUUGCUGUCAAUAUGGUGCCGUUUCCUAGACUGCAUUUCUUUAUGCCUGGCUUCGCUCCAUUGACAGCUCGUAACAGCCAGGGGUAUCGCGCUCUUACCGUACCCGAGCUUACGCAACAGAUGUUUAGUCCCGUGAACAUGAUGGCAGCAUGUGAUCCUCGUCACGGUAGGUACUUGACGGUGGCUGCCAUCUUCCGAGGACGGAUGUCCAUGAAGGAAGUGGAUGAACAGAUGCUGUCUAUUCAGGAUAAGAACUCGGGUUAUUUCGUCGAAUGGAUUCCUAAUAACGUAAAAGUAGCCGUCUGUGACGUACCACCUCGGGGACUCAAAAUGGCGGCCACGUUUGUUGGUAACACCACCGCCAUACAGGAGAUAUUUAAACGAAUCUCUGAACAAUUCACUGUUAUGUUCAGACGUAAGGCGUUCCUCCAUUGGUACACGGGAGAGGGAAUGGAUGAAAUGGAGUUCACAGAAGCCGAAAGUAAUAUGAACGACCUCAUAUCUGAAUACCAGCAAUAUGAGGAGGUAGGAGUUGACGACGAAUUCGACGAACAAGAAGAGACGCAACCGGAGGAGGAAUAUGCUGAAGAAGAAUAAAUUUCAGAGUUGACAUUUAGCGCAAAUUGAUACGCCCGUAUGUCAUAAUUCAGAGUUUUGGCAUAGGGAGCGUUCAAGUAUAACGUCACGCAAUUUUGGGAAAUUAUUGCCCCCCCCCCCCCUCCCAUGUAACGCGCCGUAACGUUUUUCUGUAUCCAAGUAUAGUAAAAUGUUUCGUGACCACCUAGUCUUUGUACCUAAAAGUUGUCAUUAUGUGGUUUAAAGUACUGGAAAGUCGAAAAUAAUAUAAAAAUAACGCGUAAUUCAAUACCCGCCCCGCAUCGUAAUGUUUUACAAAAGGACCCCCCCCCCCCCCAAUUUCGUUACGUAAUACUUGAACGCUCCCAUACGAGAAUCAGUUCGCUAGUCUCUUAUAUGAAACCUUACUUUACCAGAAGCCCUUUGAAAACUAAUCCAAGUCAUUCUAAGUCAAAAUAAUAAUCUCACGAUCAAGUACCUAAUAAAUAAUUAAUUUACAUAGACUGAGUUCUUAUAAAGUAGAUAGUAGGUAAAUUGAUCUAUCCUGCUUCCACACUUUGUACAAAGAUUCGUUAUGUGUCCUAUUCAAUGAAAAAUAUGUCCAAACAACGUAUUGGAUGAAAAAAUAGUCGGGUCAGUCGGUAUAAUUGUAUGGUACCAGAUGAAAACCUGAUAAGUUUCGUCAAUUUUCUUUCUUGUUAUAAUUGUACUUAGCAUGUGUUUUACUAUAAAUUCGUUAAAUAAUCCAUUGUUACUUAUACCUUAUAUACCUAUACCGUGAUUUUAUAGAUUAUUCGUACUAUGGAUUGAUAUCUAUUUAUAAAUGAGACUGUUUAUCACCAAAAACUUAAUAGUUCUUAAGAAUAUAUAAUGUAUUGUUGUGUAGAAAUCAAAUGUUAAUAAAAUUGUUUGUUUUGAA